CGAGAAAAUUACAUUUCCUAACGUCCCUUCCCCACCCCCCAAAAAAAACCUCUAAUUUUUAAAAUUAUUAUUUUAUGGGGAGGGAAAGGUUUUUAUUCAUUUGGGCCAUUUGUUUUCUUUCAAGUAGGAAUUUUAACUAGUAAAUGUCCAGGUGAAACUAAUUUCUCAAAGAAACCGCCCCACCCCCUCACCCCCACCCCCGCCCCGCUAAGGUUUAAAGUUUCUUGGAUUGGUUUAGGAAAUAGUCCCUAUUCACAGUGCCAGAUAGGCUUAGUGCCCUUAAGCAUUUAUUUCAUGGUUCUCUUCCUCCUUCGCUCUUCCCACCUCCCAUAACAAAUAAUAUUUGAAUUAUACCCUUGUACAAAAAACUUUUGUAGCUCACUUCAUUUGUAUUUCUAUUUUAAAUAUUCAUAUGCACUUCUGAGUAUUCAUUUUAAUCAAUAUACGUUUAUCGAGCAAUUACAACGUUAAAGACACUGCUAGUUGCUAUGGAGAGUAUAAAAACCCAAGAAGACAAUAUCCCUGUUCUCAAGAAGUUUACAGUUGAGAAACAGCUAUACCAAGAGAAAGACUAUAAUAAAUACUUUAAAGGAAGUGAGUAUAAAUAAAGCUCUGUGAAAGUACAGCUGAAGGAGUGGCCAUGAGACAUGUAGGUAAUAGAAAAGAGGAAGUCACUUAAAGGCCUUCACAAGGCCUUUAAAGAAUGGGUAGAAGGUAGAGAGGAAGAGAAAAGAGUGAGGACCCCAGCAAGUACAGAAGAGCAGAAGCAGAAAGAAAGCAUGAGACGUUUUUGAGAAAAAGUUUGGCAACAGUACUUAUGGGGAGUAAUGGGAAAUAUUGCUAGAGGAGUAGAAACGAGUCCAGUCAUAGCAGCUAUUAAAUACCAUUAUUUUGAUAUUGAAAAAGAUACUCCUUUAUAUAAUUGUUGAUUUUAAAUACUUGUAUAUUAUCUUAAAAACUGAUUUGUCUAGGUUUAUAUAAAAUAAAGUAUGCUAACUAUAAACUUUAUCACAAAUGAUUUAGUGCAGUUUCUUUUGACUGUAAACAUAGAAUAAAAGACAUGUUCUUUGAUUUUUUUUAAAAAAAAAAUUGAGAACGAAUUUGUUAAUCUUUCAACACUCUCUUGCCAGUAAUUUUUGUUUGCAGCUCCUUGUGUAUUUGCAAGAUAUGGCUAGCCAGGACUAGAGCUGCUAAGUUUACUGACUGUGGAAUUACUACACAUGAUUUUCUGAAUGUUAUUGUCUAGACUUGUGAUCUCCAAAAAACAGGUGAGAAUGACCACUUUAACUCACCGGGCCCGUCGCACUGAAGUAAGCAAGAACUCUGAAAAGAAGAUGGAAAGUGAGGAAGACAGUAAUUGGGAGAAAAGUCCAGACAAUGAAGAUUCUGGAGACUCUAAGGAUAUCCGCCUUACUCUUAUGGAAGAAGUAUUGCUUCUAGGACUAAAAGAUAAAGAGGGUUACACAUCUUUCUGGAAUGACUGCAUAUCAUCUGGCCUGCGAGGGGGCAUCCUGAUAGAGCUGGCCAUGCGGGGUCGAAUCUAUCUGGAACCCCCGACCAUGCGUAAGAAGCGACUACUAGACAGAAAGGUACUGCUAAAGUCAGACAGUCCAACAGGUGAUGUCUUACUGGAUGAAACUCUUAAACACAUCAAAGCAACUGAACCCACAGAAACUGUCCAAACAUGGAUAGAGCUACUCACUGGUGAGACCUGGAACCCCUUCAAAUUACAGUACCAGCUGAGAAAUGUACGAGAGCGCAUUGCAAAGAACCUAGUAGAGAAGGGUAUUCUAACCACUGAGAAGCAGAAUUUCCUGCUAUUUGACAUGACUACUCAUCCAGUGACCAAUACAACAGAGAAACAGCGCCUAGUGAAAAAACUUCAAGAUAGUGUACUAGAGCGGUGGGUAAAUGACCCUCAGCGUAUGGACAAGCGAACACUAGCACUCCUGGUGCUAGCUCACUCCUCUGAUGUGCUAGAGAAUGUCUUCUCCUCUCUGACAGAUGACAAGUAUGACGUGGCAAUGAAUCGAGCCAAGGACUUAGUAGAACUGGACCCUGAAGUGGAAGGGACAAAGCCUAGUGCCACAGAAAUGAUCUGGGCUGUGCUGGCAGCCUUCAAUAAAUCUUAAAGCCAGCAGGUGGAUUUCUCCUUUUCCCCUGCUGGCUGGUGACUGUCAGAGACCCCAUCACUGAGUUUUGUGUGAUGAGAUGUUUUCAUCAUUUUUGUUUCCUUUUCUUGAAUCAGACUUGUGAUUUGGGGAGAACAACUUCAGGGCUUCUCCACAGACCUUGACCAUUAUAAGCAGACCUUAUUUCUCCCUACACUUCCACUCCAUAGGUAAAUAAACUGGGUGAACCCACACGCACCCAAUGAACAUUUUCUCCCAUUUCUUGGUUUAGUGUGCUUUGGAUAAGCAGAAAUAUCUAAAUGGGAUUUUGAGUUCUCCAGCUAUAGAAUGUGAAUGAGAUAAAAAGCGAACUAUUAUGUUUUUCUAAGUUUGUUUUCUAUCUUAAAUACAUGUUUUCACAGCCUUUGUCUCUCAGAUCCUGCUAAAUAAUGUAGCUUAUUGAAAUAACUGUCGUUGAAUAAGGAGCAAUGAGAAACAAAACUAAUUUUUGGAGCCGAUGGUCUCUGGAAUUGCAUAUCCUGCUAGUGAUUUUCUCAUCUUUCCUUUUCUAACCUAAUGAGAAUGUCCCAGAUUCAAUUACCUGGAUCUCAAAGUCCUAGAGCCAGAAAUACAUUCUCUCAUCCCUCUUAGCAUUCUCUUGCUCCCUCAUUCACUAGGGCAAAAGUCUAAAUGAAGAAAAGAAAAGUCUGUCCCAACACCUCGUUCAUGCAAUCAGCAUUAGAAUUUGUAAGGAAGGAAGGGAGGUGGCAUGAAAAUUUCCAUUCUUGGAGUAUACAACUGUCCUGUUUACCCCAGGCCACUUUUUUUUUUUUGAGACAGGGUCUUGCUGUUGCCCAGGGAGGAGUACAGUGGUGCAAUCACAGCUGACUGCAGCCUUGACCUCCAGGGAUCAAGGAUCCUCCUGCCUCAGUCUCCCAACUAGGUGGGAGUACAGGCACAUGCCGCCAUACUCGGCUUUUUUUUUUUUUUUUUCUUAGAGAGACAGAGUCUCGCUUUGUUGCCCAGGCUGGUCUUGAAUUCCUGGGCUUAAGCAAUUCUUCCACCUCAGCCUCCCAAAGUGCUGAGAUUACUGGUGUGAGCCACUGCACCCCCCCCUCCAGACUACUUUAAAUGUCUCUGCUGUGACUGAAUUGAAGGAAUUGUAAGUUUCAGUUGCUGAAUAUAUCAGUAUAUCUGAACUCCAGAUAUUUUUAUUUCCUAUUUUUGGCUUCCUGCAUAAAUUGAUAAAAUCUGUCUAUAUUUAAGGGUUCUGGGAGUAGUUUUGUCUAUAUUUAAGCCAUAGAUGUGCUCCUAGUCAUCAGUCUUAUUUCAGUAAAACCAUCUUUCUGGCCAAAUCUCUUAACACUUUUUUUAUUUCAGUAGUGAGGGCAAUGAGAAGCUUUAUUAAGAAAGAUCCUAUUUAAAGGGCUAAGUUGGUGUUGAAAGCAUGCUGACAUAAAGUCCAGUAUUUGAGGAUAUAAAGAGGACGGGCACUGAGUUGUGCUGAUGUUAAGCAUUUAUUAUACUUUAAUGGAAUAGUGCUUCUUAACCAUUAUAGAACAACAAGCUGUCAAAGGGCUAAUACAGAUGACCCAGACCUGACAUUAAAUCCUCUUGAUUAGAAAUAAUUAAAUGAAUGAUUUAUUCAUUUAUCUCCUCUGCCAAAUAUACUUAGCCCCACAAAAAUUCCCCAGCUCAGUUAACAAUUUUUUGUUUUUCACUUUAGACAUCUCUUAGGUAAAUAGAGAUAUAAAUUGUAAUAGGAAACAAUCUCUAAAUGUGAGACUGAAUAGAGCUUCAGUCUGGCUCUCUAAUAGGACAAAAGCCAGUCCAUGUGUUGUCUCUACCUGAUUUAGCUUUUUCUUUUCUUUGAACAAUUCAGCAUGAAUUGAAACCAGGUUUUCCUGUGGAAAGUUAUAGCUUGAUUGGGGGAUAGAAGUUGAAUUGAGUUCUUUCUUGAAACUCUUAGUGUUUAUUUUUAUAUUAUAUCUCAAGAUGAGGAUAUCUUCAGUUUGAAUCUGCAUAAUGUUCACUGCCAAACUCCUUCUCAUUUAAUGCUUAUCGCCUUCACAUUUCUGUAUAAUAAAGAUCAGUUAUCAGCUC